AGCUUCAUCAGCCCAAGUGGUUUGGUCCAUGGUUCGGUUCAAGCCUCUGGCCCGUGGCUGCGUGCGCCACGCGCGUGCCAGCAAGAGGCCAUGCCAGGAUCUCCGAACGCUCCUCCAGGCCCGCUCCCCACCACGGGCUUCGAGGCCAGCCGGACGCUGGCCCUCGACGCCGGCGCUGCCGCGGCGCUCUGCCAGCGGAUCGGCCCCGAUGGGAUCCUGGCGCUCGCGUUCGCGCUGAGGCGCUCCGAGCUCCCCGCCCACCUCGCGGGCCGGGGGCUGCGCUGCGCUGCCCUCCCCGCCGCGGGGGCCGGGCCGCCCCUCCCGGAGCUCUUCGAGGAGGCGCGCGCGGCGGCGGCGGCGGAGGCCGCCGAGAUCAGCCAGGCCUCAGCCUGCCUGGGCCUCCACGCCGGCCCCGACUGCAUCCUCUGGGCCCUGGGCGUUCUCGACGAUUUCGGCAGCGAGCGGCCCUGUGCGGGCGAGGCGGUAGCGGGCACCGAGCCGUGUGCAGGUGGCGACCAGUGCCCGUGGAGUCUGCAGACGUGCCGCCGCCUCCCAGCCGAUCUGCUCUCGCCUUCCAGCGGAGGCCGGAGGCCUGGGCCGGCGGGCGGUCCGUGCGGCAUGGGCAACGCGGAGCUGAUCCUUCGGCACGGAUUCUGCGUGAAGGGGAACCCGCACGACCAGAUCGGACCUCUUCAUCUGGAUCCAGAUGAGGACGACCCCGCCAGCGGCGAGCGCCUGGUGGUCCUGGCGCACCGCGGGAUCUCCACGGAGCACUGGCUGGCCGCCCAGCCCGUCGGUCAAGCCUCUGGCGCUCCUCCUGCUGGCCUCCUGGGGCUCCUGGAGUGCCUCCGCGUACUGCUCUGCCGCGGUUCGCCCGCGGAGGCGCCUUCCCUUUCAGAGGUCCCGGUCUUGGCCGCGCAUGAGUUGGAUGUGGUCUGCUUGCAUGCCAUCGAGGAGCUCCUCUCUGGCCUGCUGCCAGAGCAGGUCGACUUCCGAGGGCCCUUCCGGGAGCCGCUCUCGGCCUGGCAGGAGGGGCACUGGCUGAUCCUCGAGGAGCACCGGGCUGCAGUGGCGGACCUCCUGGCACAGGCCCGCGAGAUGCCCGCCGCCAAGCGGCGGCGGCUGUCGCCGCACUUCUUCUCGCUCCUGCUACGACGGCGUCGCGGUGCCGUGCGUCGACGAUGCCACCGUCGAGGCGCUGGCGCCGCACGUCUCCAGGAAUCGCCCCGCGCUGCUCCGCCGGGUGGCCGGCUCGCUCGCCUUGCCGCUGCGGCCCGGCGCCGCCGCGUGGACGGACGAGCUCCUGCGGGCGCGUUGCGGGGAGCGCCGCGUGCCCGUGCGGGUGAGGCCCUCAUCGCGGGCGAGCUCGCACGUUCGGAGACGUCUUCGUCGAGGGCGGCCGAGCGAGCGGCGAGGCCUCCAUGCCGCUGAGGCAGGUCCUGACGGAACUGCACGGCCCGGCGCCCGAGGUCUACGCUGCGCGCAUUUCCCUGGAGACCCUCCCCGAGCUCGCCGUCGACGCGGUGGACCCCGAGGCCCUGCCUUUCCGUGCGCUCUUUGGAGCUCCGUAUUUCGAGGGCCUGAUCAUGUAUCUUGGAGCCGGGCGCCAGGUGACGCCCCUGCAUUAUGAUGAGCAGGAGAACCUCGUCUUCGUGCUUCGUGGCUCGAAGGACUUUUUGCUUUACCCACCCUGUGACUCCGAUAAGAUGUAUCCGGGUGACUUCCCGAAGCAAUUCUUCAGCAGGGUGAGGACUGGAGAGAAAGGCGAUUAUAGCGACUUUCCUAAGUUUGCGCAAGCGCGACCUUGGCGUGUAACAGUCGCAGCUGGCGAGUGUCUGUACUUGCCUUAUGGGUGGUGGCACGAGGUCACGGGCUCUGACGGAAUAAACUUGACAUUGAACUAUUGGUUCGAUGUGCCCGAGUCCAAGAGCGAAGCGUGCAGUCUUGUCUGUGGUGCGGAGCAGAAAA